AGCGCAGAAAAUAAAACAAAAGUGUGGUCGAAAAAAAUCCAAACACAAACGCUUUGCUGCACACACCAAAAGUAAUAAAAACAUAAUUUAUAUAUUAAAACACCACACAUCAAAAAAUCAUAGCACCACACAACAUAAAACAGCAAGCGCCACAUAACACCCACACCAACACACAUAUACACACAAACAUACAAGCAAACGCGCGCGCCCUUCCACUUCCUUGCGCUAUUUUAAUGUGCGGAAAUGACGCACCUGCAACCCCAACGUCGCUACUACUCCCCAAUGCGUUUUAAAGGAGGAGGCGAAGGUAGUGUUGUUGUUGUUGGUUGUGUCGGCAGCAGUGUUGUUGAUGGCAGCGCUACAGAUGCCAGCAUAAGCGCAAGUGUCAGUUCAGCUGGUGGCUGUAGCAGUGAAAGUGCAAUCGGCAACGGUGUAGAAACACUGUUUAACACCGACGCUUGUACGACGGCGGCUGUUGCGCUCGAUUACUGUAGUCAUCAUCAUCCGGACACCACGCCACGGCGUGCAACAACGUGCACACGCGCCAGCCGUCGCCCCAACCACCACCUCAGCAGCAGCAGCAGCACAAAACGUUUCAUUCCACCACCCAUACCGCAAUGUCGUCGUCGUUGUCUGCGUCGAAGCCGCCACUGUUGGCCUGUGUUUUGUGUACAACAUUUCCUACUAUUCGCCCAUCUACUGUUGCUGUUUGCCUGCGGUGAUUUCCUUCAGGUUGCCACGGCCGAACCGUAUGGUGGGUCGUCUUCAUCGGUGGGUAUACAUAUACCCGGCGGCAGUUUGGGCGUGAUCAGUGAGUCGCGUUGUCCGCGUGUUUGUUCGUGUAAUGGCCUGACUGUGGACUGUUCGCAUCGUGGUUUGACGCAAGUGCCGAGAAAAAUAUCGGCGGAUGUGGAGCGACUCGAUUUGCAAGGCAACAAUAUAACCGUAAUUUUCGAAGCCGACUUUCAACGCUUAACGAAACUACGAAUACUCCAACUAACGGAUAAUCAAAUACAUACAAUUGAAAAGGGCGCUUUCCAGGAUCUGGUGUCACUGGAGCGACUGCGCCUUAACAACAAUCUGCUUAAGGCGAUACCUGAAAAUCUAGUGUCAAGUUCAGCGAGUCUUUUGCGAUUGGACAUCUCGCACAAUAUCAUCACGACCGUGGGACGUCGGGUCUUCAAAGGCGCGCAAUCGCUGCGUAGUCUGCAGUUGGACAACAAUCAGAUCACUUGUAUGGACGAGCACGCCUUCAAAGGUCUCAUAGACUUGGAGAUACUCACUUUGAACAACAACAACUUGACUUCGUUGCCGCAUAAUGCUUUCAGUGGUUUAAAUCGAUUACGCGCUCUACGCCUGUCCGAUAAUCCUUUCUCGUGUGACUGCCAUUUGUCGUGGCUAUCACGUUUCUUGCGCAGCGCACCGCGUCUGGCGCCAUAUACACGCUGCCAAUCGCCCUCGCAGUUGAAGGGCCAAAAUGUGGCGGAUCUACACGAUCAGGAAUUUAAGUGCUCAGGUCUCACCGAGAAUGCGCCAAUGGAAUGUGGCAUGGAGAAUAGCUGCCCACAUCCGUGCCGUUGUGCCGAUGGCAUUGUCGACUGUCGCGAGAAGAGCCUCACAAGUGUGCCAGUGUCGCUGCCAGAUGAUACGACGGAAUUGCGCUUGGAGCAGAACUUCAUUACCGAAUUGCCACCAAAAGCUUUUGCGAAUUUCCGUCGCUUGCGUCGCAUUGACCUCUCCAACAACAACAUUUCGCGCAUUGCCCACGACGCUUUGGCUGGCCUGAAAGCGCUCACCACACUCGUGCUCUAUGGCAAUAAAAUAAAGGAUUUGCCCUCAGGCGUAUUUAAAGGACUUACAUCACUGCAACUACUCCUGCUGAAUGCCAAUGAAAUCUCCUGCAUACGCAAGGAUGCCUUUCGCGAUUUGCACAGCCUCAGCCUGCUAUCGCUUUACGAUAACAACAUUCAAUCGCUGGCUAAUGGCACCUUCGAUGCAAUGAAGAGCAUACAAACAUUGCAUCUGGCAAAGAAUCCCUUCAUUUGUGACUGCAAUCUUCGCUGGCUGGCUGAUUACUUGCACAAAAACCCCAUCGAGACAAGUGGCGCACGCUGCGAGGCCCCAAAGCGCAUGCAUCGGCGACGCAUUGAGUCGUUGCGUGAGGAGAAAUUCAAAUGCUCCUGGGACGAUAUGCGUAUUAAAUUGUCGAGCGAAUGUCGCGCAGAUGUCGAUUGCCCGGCAAUGUGUCAGUGCGAUGGCACUUCAAUUGAUUGUUCAGGUCGUGGCCUCAAAGAAAUACCGCGCGAUAUACCGCUGCACACCACCGAACUUCUUUUGAACGACAAUGAACUGGGGCGCAUCAAAUCCGAUGGUCUCUUUGGACGUCUGCCACAUCUGGUUAAACUCGAUUUGCGACGCAAUCAUAUAACCGGCAUUGAACCGAAUGCUUUUGAGGGUGCCAAUCGUAUACAGGAAUUGGUUUUGGCCGAAAAUAAAAUACGUGAGAUUUCGAAUAAAAUGUUUUUGGGUUUGCAUCAGUUGAAGACGCUGAAUCUUUACAACAAUCAAAUCUCUUGUGUGAUGCCCGGUUCUUUUGAAUUUCUGUCAUCGCUCACCUCACUCAACUUGGCUGCCAAUCCAUUCAAUUGCAACUGUCAUUUGGCCUGGUUUUCCGAGUGGCUACGAAAGAAGGGUCUGGUCGGCGGUGCGGCACGUUGUGCAGCCCCCUCAAAAGUACGUGAUAUGCAAAUUAAGGAUCUGCCACAUAACGAGUUCAAAUGCACAUCCGACAACAAUGAAGGCUGUUUGGGCGAUGGCUAUUGUCCGCCCGCCUGCACCUGCACCGGCACCGUUGUACGCUGUUCGCGCAAUCAAUUAAAAGAGAUACCACGUGGCAUACCGGCGGAAACGUCCGAGUUAUAUCUGGAAUCGAAUGAAAUAACAAUGAUACAUUUGGAUCGGAUACGACAUUUGAAGGCAUUGACGAGAUUGGAUUUGAGUAACAAUCAAAUCACGUUCCUUUCUAAUUACACCUUCGCCAACCUGACGAAUCUGUCGACGCUCAUUAUAUCCUACAACAACUUGCAAUGUCUGCAACGUUACGCCAUGUCGGGUCUACAAAAUCUACGCGUACUCUCGCUUCACGGCAAUCGUAUAUCCAUGCUGCCCGAGGGUACAUUUGAAGAUAUGAAGUCACUAACACACAUUGCGCUAGGCAGCAAUCCAUUGUACUGUGAUUGUUCACUUAAAUGGUUUUCGGAUUGGAUCAAAUUAGACUACGUGGAGCCGGGUAUAGCGCGCUGCGCCGAACCCGAUUAUAUGAAGGAUAAACUAAUACUGUCGACGCCCUCACACAACUUUGUCUGCAAGGGCAAAGUGAGCAAUGAGAUUAUGGCCAAAUGUGAUGCGUGUUACACGCAUCCCUGUGAGAAUAAAGCGCAGUGCAUACCACUGCCACAGCGUGACUACCAGUGCCUCUGCCUGCCCGGUUAUCAUGGCAAACAUUGUGAAUUCAUGAUCGACGCCUGUUAUGGCAAUCCGUGUCGCAACAAUGCCACUUGCACGGUACUCGAAGAGGGCCGUUUCAGUUGUCAGUGUGCGCCGGGCUACACGGGCGCGCGUUGCGAGACGAAUAUCGACGAUUGCCUAGGCGAAAUUAAAUGUCAAAAUAAUGCCACAUGUGUGGAUGGUGUGGAGUCGUAUACUUGCGAGUGUCAACCGGGCUUUACAGGUCAAUACUGCGAUACGAAGAUCAACUUCUGCAGCGACGAGUUCAAUCCUUGUGCGAAUGGCGCCAAAUGUCACGAUCACUUCACCCACUACACUUGCGAGUGCAUGGCCGGUUUCCAUGGCAUCAAUUGCACACAAAAUAUUGACGAUUGUCAGAAUCACAUUUGUCAAAAUGGCGGCACCUGUAUCGACGGCAUCAACGAUUAUGUCUGCAAGUGUCCAGAUGAUUUUACUGGCAAAUAUUGUGAGGGUCACAAUAUGGUCUCAAUGAUGUAUCCACAGACAUCGCCUUGUCAAAAUCACGAAUGCAAACAUGGUGUUUGCUUCCAGCCAAAUCCCUCGGGCUCCGAGUAUUUAUGUAAAUGCCAUCCGGGUUAUACCGGCAAGUGGUGCGAAUAUUUAACCAGUAUUAGCUUCGUGCAUAAUAAUUCGUUUGUGGAAAUGGAACCGUUACGCACCAAACCGGAUGCGAAUGUAACCAUCGUUUUUAGUAGUUCCGAACAGAACGGCAUACUCAUGUAUGAUGGACAGGACGCUCAUAUAGCUGUGGAGCUUUUCAACGGACGCAUACGCGUUAGCUACGAUGUCGGUAAUUAUCCAGUGUCCACAAUGUAUAGCUUCGAAAUGGUGGCUGAUGGUAAAUAUCAUUGUGUGGAACUGUUGGCUAUCAAGAAGAACUUUACGCUGCGUGUCGAUCGCGGUUUGGCCAGAUCGAUUAUAAAUGAGGGUUCCAAUGAUUUUCUCAAAUUGACCACACCCAUGUUUUUGGGUGGUCUACCGCCCGAACCGGGGCAGCAAGCCUAUAAGAAUUGGCAAAUACGAAAUUUGACCAGCUUCAAGGGUUGCAUGAAGGAGGUGUGGAUUAAUCACAAGCUGGUGGACUUUGAAAAUGCUGCCAAGCAGCAAAAGAUUACACCAGGCUGUGCAUUGCUCGAAGGCGAGACGGCGGAGGAUGAUGAGCAAGACUUCAUGGACGAAACGCCGCAUAUUAAGGAGGUGGAUCCUUGCGAAAAUCACAAAUGUCGUCGUGGCAGCCGCUGUGUUCCUAACUCGACAUACCGUGACGGUUAUCAAUGCAAAUGCAAGCAUGGUCAGAAGGGCCGUUACUGCGAACAAGGUGAGGGCACUACAGAGCCCGCAACAAUAACUGUGGCGUCCACUUGCCGCAAGGAACAAGUUCGAGAAUAUUAUACCGAAAACGAUUGUCGCUCACGUCAACCGCUCAAAUAUGCGAAAUGUGUUGGCGGUUGCGGUAAUCAGUGUUGCGCUGCAAAAAUAGUGCGGAGACGAAAGGUCCGCAUGGUGUGCAGCAAUAAUCGCAAAUAUAUAAAGAAUUUAGAUAUCGUGCGUAAAUGUGGAUGUACAAAGAAAUGCUACUGACUGGAAGAUGCGACUACCCAAAUGCACAAUAUUAGCUUAGAUUUAAAUUUAGGGCAACAUAGUAAUAACAAUAAUUUUAAUAUUAAUAAUAAUAACAGUAAUUUAAGUACUAGUACUAGUGAUAGCAACGAUAAUGAAUGUAUAUUUAACUGUAGCAACACGAAUGUUUUACUAAUAUCUAACAAUAACAAUAACAACACUAAGACGGGGAGACAAAUGAUGGCCGCUCAAGAGACAAAGACUGCGGAUGAAAGUGUGAAGGGGGAUGUGGCGAGCGCAAACAUAACAAACACAAGUGGUGGUGUGAUAGUUGGUGUGGUGAAAACACACAACCGUGACGACAUCAUGUACAAUGCAGAGGAGGCAACACGGCAAGCAGCAGGUGGUUUGCACGUGACAGGAGGCGGCAUAUUGGUCGAUGAGAGCGCUAGUUACGAGACUGAUGAAGAGACAGAGCGUAUGCAAUUGAAUCCAAGCGGCGAUGAGAGCUGGAAUGAUGAAUAUGACGAUGAUGAUGAUGAUGAGGAUGCAGAUGCAGAUGAAGAUGAGGAUGAAAUGGACGAUGCAUACGAGGAUGAGGACGAAGAAGCUGACGCCGUCGCUGCGCCGUACAUAGGCAGCGCAGCUACAGUGGAUAUGGCUGCGCAAGAACGCGGUAGCGCCACAUACGAAGCGCUGCCCGAAGCCAAGGGUCUUGUACAAGCACUGGUAGGCGAUGAAAAUGAGUCGGUUAAAAAUAUGCCGGACAUUUUGAAGACGAAAAGCAUUGCGGCAGGCGCAAGCAAAAUCGAGGAUGAGGAAGAAGAUAUGGGUUUUGAUGAAGAUGACGAACGUAUUGCAAUAAUUGUCGAACGGCAACGUGGCAAUGCAAACGACAACGAUAAGGGCUUCAUGAAUGAGGAGGGUAGCGGCGCUAAUGGAGGGGCAUACAGACGGACCGAAGCAAAUAGGUACAAAAAUAAUAGAUUUAGAUUAGAUUAUGCUGAGAAAUAUCGUAGGAAGCAACAAAAGUUGCAAACGGAAUAUACGAAUAGAGGCGUGGCCGAUGCGCGAGAAGGCAGCGGCAAUUUUGCCAACGAUGAUGAUGAUGACGAUGAUGAUGAUAGCGAUGACGUUAAUGAUGACGAUGAUGAUGAUGAUGGCGUUGACGAUGAUGUGGCCAGCAACGCUGACGCUAACGAUGAUGCCGACCGUCAAGAAGGUGAUGGUUAUUUUAAUUCGAAGCAUACGAAAUCGAGUAAUCGGUAUUUCCGUAAAAAUACGAAUGACGCAAUUAAAAUAAUCUCAACACCGCUGGGCAAGGUCGGUAUCGUGUAUCAGCAGACGCCGACAAGUGAUGAUGGCAACAACAACAACAACGCCAACAGCAACAAUAAUAAAAAGCAGGAUACGCUGGGCGACAAGAAAACGAGUUCGUUUACGGACUUCGACGCAUUGUCGCCCGAUCCUGAGAGCAGUCAUCGCUUAGCAUCAUCUCAUCCAAAAAUUACGCCAGUCUUGACACCCGAUGGCAAGGUUGCACUGCUUUAUCGCGGCGACUCGGAGAAUUCCAAAUACGAACCGAUACGUAAUUUAACGCAUAAAUUUAACAACAACAACAACAGCAAUAAUAACAAUAAAAACGACUUUACGGACAAUAAAGCACUUGCUAGCGGUACAAGUAGUAAAGAUACGCCUGAUUUCCCGAACAACGACGGCAGCGAAGAUGAAUCGGCUGACGACGAGUCAGAUGAUGAUUACGAUCUGGAUAAUGACAGCAGCAGUAGCAGCAGCGGUAACAGCGGCAAUGAUAGAACACCCAUACAUGCGCGCAAAAGCAAUGUAAAUCCUACGGUCGAAACGCAAAAGGCGGCCAUACAAAAUCCCGCCACCGAUGCUGACUCACCCGCCGCUGCGGGCGGUUCAUUCAUCAUACGCCCCACCGACUCCGUGCUGCCCAUGAUCAAUCGGCCACUCUCCGAAGUGCUCGGCAUAAAGAAGAACCAAUUCAAACAAUUCCGCAUCAAAGAUAUACCAACAGCGCCGCCAAAUACCGACACGGCUGGCGAUCCACGUUCGCUGGCUGGCACCUCCAUCGAUCGCACACUCGAUACAACGACACUACACUUCCUUACAAAAGUCAAUUUAGCCGAAUAUCCAACAUCGAUGAAGACGCGCAAUUUCGAUUUCGACUUCAGUCGCGACAAUACCAUGCUGGACGAACGUUCGCGUCACAAAGAACACCAAUUCCAUCAGCAACAACAACAGCAGCAACAGCAAGGCACCGCAGGUGCUGGCCAAAACGGCGAAUCCAGCAAUAGCAAUAACAAGCUUAAUACAAUAGCCAACGAAGAGGUGCUUGCCAAAACCGAAGUGGUCAAUUUGGCGAUAAUACCGCAUUUCGAUGAGGAGCUCGAGCGGUUGCAACGUUUGCGUGAGCACGAAACACGUCGCCACUAUCGCCAACGCUAUCGCCAAAAGCCGAGCGAGGAGGAGCUGUCGGGCAUACAUUGCAUCAUGCAGGCCAUGAUGGGCAUAGCGGCCAUAUCGACAGUGUUCGGCAUGUUGGGCACAUUCUUUAAGCAACGAAUACUCGAUCAAAUACGCUUGAUGCAUUGGUAGUACAGCAAGGGUAUUCGAUUGUAUGGCGAAUAUUAUAUGUAUAGAAUCUUGUCGACAAUUACAAUUGAAUACCCCAGUUCAUCCGCACAACGACAUCUGCAACGUCAUCAUCAUCAUCACCACCACCAUUACCAACAUCAACAUCGUCAGCUCAAGCAACAAGAACAACAAAAAUACAACACAUACACGAACAACACGAACAACGCAGCUAUUGUAGGCAGAAUUUAUUGUAAAUCUAUUCCCUUGCACCCACACAGUUGCAUAGCAAUAACAAAGAAGCUUUUAAUACCACUAUUUACUAUAUAAACACUUACCUACAUACAUAUUAUAUUUACAUGCAUACACUAACAC